AUGCGGUGGUGUCCGUCUCUUAUGCUCUUUGGCCUCUUGGCCGCUGUCAAUGCUUUGAGUAGUUCGGGGAAUCGAUUGCUUGUUGUUUUGGAAGAUUCGGCAGAGAAGGGGCUAUACUCUACACUGUGGGGUGAUCUAGAAGCUCGGGGUUACAAUCUCAUAUUCGAAUCUCCCAAGAAUGAGCAGCUUUCCUUAUUCGAGCUUGGAGAUAGAGCCUACGACCAUGUUCUCCUCCUCCCUCCAAAGUCAAAGGGCUUCGGACCUUCCUUAAGCCCCAAGAACCUUGUCGACUUCAUCAACAGCGACGGCAACGUCCUCCUCGCUCUCUCCGGAAAGUCCACAACCCCCAGCGCUGUCAGCUCUCUUCUCCUCGAAUUCGACCUCCACCUUCCCCCCGACCGUUCCUCCGUCGCGGUCGACCAUUUCAACUACGAUACCAUUUCUGCUUCCGAGAGGCACGAUGUUCUCGUCCUCGAGCGCCCCGGCAGGCUUCGACCCGACACCAAGGACUUCUUCGGCGGCGAGGGCGUUUUGGCGAUUCCCAGCGCUAACCCGCACACUCUCGGCGACUCCUCUCUCCUUGCGCCUAUCCUGCGUGCUCCCGCAACUGCCUACAGCUACAACCCCAAGGAAGAUGCGGGCUCUGUCGAGGACGUCUUUGCGACCGGCUCUCAAUUGGCCCUUGUGUCCGCCAUGCAAGCUAGAAACUCUGCCCGCUUUACUUUGCUCGGAUCCGUAGAGAGUUUGCAGGACAAGUGGUUCACCGCCAGCGUCCAGGUACCGGGUGGUAAACAGGUUGAGACGGCCAACCGGGAGUUUGCGAAGCAGCUGACUGCCUGGACGUUCAAGGAAACUGGUGUCCUCAAAGUCGGAAAGAUUGAACAUCAUCUGGCCAAGGAUGACCUGACUGUGGAAGACUUGAACCCUAGAAUCUAUCGGGUCAAGAACGAAACCGUCUUCUCCAUCGAGAUCUCCGAAUAUGCCCACGACAAAUACAUCCCCUUCGAAGUCCCCGCAAAUGACGCCCUCCAGCUCGAAUUCACCAUGCUCUCCCCCUUUUACCGUCUAAACCUCACACCGACAAAACAAACUGAAAAUAGCACGGUAUUCAGUACUCAGUUCACCGUCCCCGACCAACACGGCAUUUUCUCCUUCCGCGUCAACUACAAGCGGCCCUUCCUCUCCAACAUCGAGGAGAAGCACGAGGCGACCGUCCGCCACUACGCGCACAACGAGUACCCGCGCAGCUGGGAGAUCAGCGGCGGCUGGGUGUGGAUUGCAGGUCUUUGGUCUGUCAUCGCUGGGUUCCUGGCCCUUGUGGUUGUUUGGCUGUACUCGGCGCCUACUUCUGCCGCUGAUAGGAGAAAGAAGACGCAGUGA